AUAAAUUCAUACAAAACGAGCCCUGUCUUGAGUUGAAACCAGCGCUGUUAUGGGUUUGGAGUUAUUCUUGAUAUUUUUCUGUGCGUCGAGUAUAAAUUAGCUAAGUAGGUUUGUUAUACGCUAAUCGGUGUUUUGACGUCUGUAUUGAGUCAGCGUCAUGACUUCUGGCUAUGCGCAUGUAAUGGACAGACAAGACUCACUGACGAGCCGCCUGGAGAGCCCGAUAUCAGCCAAACUGGAAACACUGCAGGCCAAGAAAAACUUCUCUGUCAGCCACCUGUUGAAUCUGGAGGAGGUGCGGGAGAUGGUAGGGGUUCAGGCCAAUGAGAGCGCCGGGGAUGCGGGAAGGAGCGUGGUGGAAUCCCCGGGGCUGACCAGCGGCAGCGAUACGACGCAGCAGGAGAAUGAGCAUGUGAGUUCUGAGGAGAAGAAGAGGAAGCAUCGUCGUAACAGGACAACCUUCAACAGCAGUCAGCUGCAGGCACUAGAGAGAGUGUUUGAGAGGACACACUACCCUGACGCCUUCGUACGGGAGGACCUGGCACGCAGGGUUAACCUCAUUGAGACACGGGUACAGGUGAGAGUCAGGGUUAACCUCAUUGAGACACGGGUACAGGUGAGAGUCAGGGUUAACCUCACUGAGGUAUGGGGUACAGGUGAGAGUCAGGGUUACCCUCAUUGA